UUACGAUAACUAGAGGAGCAACCCUAGCUGCCGGGCCACGUACAAUUUGCGACCAAAAAUAACAAGAAGAAAUUAAAGCUAAAAAACAAUUAUGGAUGUGAUGCAGCGCUACGUUUCGCCCGUGAACCCGGCCGUUUUCCCCCACCUCGCCACCGUGCUCCUGGUCAUCGGAACUUUCUUCACCGCCUGGUUCUUCAUCUUCGUGGUGUCCCGGAAGAGCGCCAAGGAGAGCACUCUGAUCAAGGAGCUGCUGAUCAGCCUGUGCGCCUCGAUCUUCCUGGGAUUCGGCAUUGUUUUCCUGCUCCUAACCGUCGGUAUUUACGUAUGAGAUAUAUAAUAGGCAACGACCAUUCCGCAUAGAAAUAAACUAGAGAUCUGAUCGUGGGCGUGAACGUACAUGAGGCCUUCUUUUUAUUAAGGUUUGAUUUGUAAUUCCAUUUUCAAAGAUUCAAUUUGCGCUUAAAACAAUAUCGAAUAUACAUACAUAUAUAUUAUGCUAACAUA